AUGGCUUUGGUGAGAUGGAUCUGCGCGGUCACUCUGACCAGCCUUUUCUCCACAGAGUUACAUGCUCAGCUGGAUGUAUGUGGCAUCACUCCCCUGAACACCAGGAUAGUUGGAGGAGAAGAUGCUCCACCUGGAAGUUGGCCUUGGCAGAUCAGUUUGCAGGUGUUUGGCGGCCAUUUUUGUGGUGGCUCCCUCAUUAACAGAGAGUGGGUGAUGACUGCUGCUCACUGCUUCUCAAGUACGUCAGGCUUGAAAGUGUCUCUCGGCCGUCAGAACCUGCAGGGCACAAACCCAAACGAAGAGUCUAGAAGUGUUGCCACAAUCAUUUUGCAUCCAAACUAUGACAGCGACAGCAGCAACAACGACAUUGCUCUACUCAGACUCUCGUCACCAGUGAAUCUCACUGACUACAUCCGACCUGUGUGUCUGUCAGCCAGUGACAGUGUGUUCAACAGCGGUACAGAUAGCUGGGUCACUGGCUGGGGCAACGUCAAGGAGGGAGUGUCAUUAUCGUUCCCUGGAACUCUACAAGAAGUGGAGGUUCCAGUUUUGGGCAACAGACAGUGUAACUGUCUCAAUGGAAUCGGUACAAUCACAGACAACAUGAUUUGUGCUGGUGUUCUGGCAGGAGGCAAAGACUCAUGUCAGGGAGACUCAGGAGGUCCAAUGGUGAACAAACAGGGCUCCGUCUGGGUCCAGUCUGGAGUGGUUAGUUUUGGUCUUGGUUGUGCUCGGCCCAAUCUGCCAGGAGUUUACUCCAGAGUGUCCCGUUACCAGUCCUGGAUCAACUCCAUCAUCCGCUCUGAUAGGCCCGGAUUCGUCAAGUUCACCUCCAGUGGACCGGAUGCUGACAGCAGCUACAUCUGUCCUGGUCUCCCAUCUCCUCUUAUUACAACCACUGCUGCUACUGGUCCUGCUACUGAAGGACCAGAAGCUACAACCACCCAAGCAGUGUCUCAAACCACGAGUCCCGACCUGACCAUGUCAAGUGCUAAAUUGUGUGGCAUGACUCCCCUGAGCACCAAGAUAGUUGGAGGAGAAGAUGCUCCACCUGGAAGUUGGCCUUGGCAGAUUAGUCUGCAGAUGUUUGGCGGCCAUUUUUGUGGUGGCUCCCUCAUUAACAGAGAGUGGGUGAUGACUGCUGCUCACUGCUUCUCCAGUACGUCGGGCUUGAAAGUGUCUCUCGGCCGUCAGAACCUGCAGGGCACAAACCCAAACGAAGAGUCUAGAAGUGUUGCCACAAUCAUUUUGCAUCCAAACUAUGACAGCGACAGCAGCAACAACGACAUUGCUCUACUCAGACUCUCGUCACCAGUGAAAUUCAGUGACUACAUCAGACCUGUGUGUCUGUCAGCCAGUGACAGUGUGUUCAACAGCGGUACAGAUAGCUGGGUCACUGGCUGGGGCAACGUCAAGGAGGGAGUGUCAUUAUCGUUCCCUGAACCUCUACAAGAAGUGGAGGUUCCAGUUUUGGGCAACAGACAGUGUAACUGUCUCAAUGGAGUCGGUUCAAUCACAGACAACAUGAUUUGUGCUGGUGUUCUGGCAGGAGGCAAAGACUCAUGUCAGGUGAGCCUCUUUUAUUGAUUUGUAACUUGCUCAGUCGUGUCCUCAUUUUGUCCUCAGGGAGACUCAGGAGGUCCAAUGGUGAACAAACAGGGCUCCGUCUGGGUCCAGUCUGGAGUGGUUAGUUUUGGCCUUGGUUGUGCUCGGCCCAAUCUGCCAGGAGUUUACUCCAGAGUGUCCCGUUACCAGUCCUGGAUCAACUCCAUCAUCCGCUCUGAUAGGCCCGGAUUCAUCAAGUUCACCUCCAGUGGACUGGAUGCUGACAGCAGCUACACCUGUCCUGGUCUCCCACCUCCUCUUAUUACAACCACCGCUGCUACUGGUCUUGCUACUGAAGGUCCAGAAGCUACAACCACCAAAGCAGUGUCUCAAACCAUGAGUCCCGACCUGACCAUGUCAAGUGCUAAAUUGUGUGGCAUGACUCCCCUGAGCACCAAGAUAGUUGGAGGAGAAGAUGCUCCACCUGGAAGUUGGCCUUGGCAGAUUAGUCUGCAGAUGUUUGGCGGCCAUUUUUGUGGUGGCUCCCUCAUUAACAGAGAGUGGGUGAUGACUGCUGCUCACUGCUUCUCCAGUACGUCGGGCUUGAAAGUGUCUCUCGGCCGUCAGAACCUGCAGGGCACAAACCCAAACGAAGAGUCUAGAAGUGUUGCCACAAUCAUUUUGCAUCCAAACUAUGACAGCGACAGCAGCAACAACGACAUUGCUCUACUCAGACUCUCUUCACCAGUGAAAUUCAGUGACUACAUCAGACCUGUGUGUCUGUCAGCCAGUGACAGUGUGUUCAACAGCGGUACAGAUAGCUGGGUCACUGGCUGGGGCAACGUCAAGGAGGGAGUGUCAUUAUCGUUCCCUGAAACUCUACAAGAAGUGGAGGUUCCAGUUUUGGGCAACAGACAGUGUAACUGUCUCAAUGGAGUCGGUUCAAUCACAGACAACAUGAUUUGUGCUGGUGUUCUGGCAGGAGGCAAAGACUCAUGUCAGGUGAGCCUCUUUUAUUGAUUUGUAACUUGCUCAGUCGUGUCCUCAUUUUGUCCUCAGGGAGACUCAGGAGGUCCAAUGGUGAACAAACAGGGCUCCGUCUGGGUCCAGUCUGGAGUGGUUAGUUUUGGCCUUGGUUGUGCUCGGCCCAAUCUGCCAGGAGUUUACUCCAGAGUGUCCCGUUACCAGUCCUGGAUCAACUCCAUCAUCCGCUCUGAUAGGCCCGGAUUCGUCAAGUUCACCUCCAGUGGACUGGAUGCUGACAGCAGCUACACCUGUCCUGGUCUCCCAUCUCCUCUUAUUACAACCACCGCUGCUACUGGUCUUGCUACUGAAGGUCCAGAAGCUACAACCACCAAAGCAGUGUCUCAAACCAUGAGUCCCGACCUGACCAUGUCAAGUGCUAAAUUGUGUGGCAUGACUCCCCUGAGCACCAAGAUAGUUGGAGGAGAAGAUGCUCCACCUGGAAGUUGGCCUUGGCAGAUUAGUCUGCAGAUGUUUGGCGGCCAUUUUUGUGGUGGCUCCCUCAUUAACAGAGAGUGGGUGAUGACUGCUGCUCACUGCUUCUCCAGCACAAGUACGUCGGGCUUGAAAGUUUCUCUCGGCCGUCAGAACCUGCAGGGCACCAACCCAAACGAAGAGUCUAGAAGUGUUGCCACAAUCAUUUUGCAUCCAAACUAUGACAGCGACAGCAGCAACAACGACAUUGCUCUACUCAGACUCUCGUCACCAGUGAAAUUCAGUGACUACAUCAGACCUGUGUGUCUGUCAGCCAGUGACAGUGUGUUCAACAGCGGUACAGAUAGCUGGGUCACUGGCUGGGGCAACGUCAAGGAGGGAGUGUCAUUAUCGUUCCCUGAAACUCUACAAGAAGUGGAGGUUCCAGUUUUGGGCAACAGACAGUGUAACUGUCUCAAUGGAGUCGGUUCAAUCACAGACAACAUGAUUUGUGCUGGUGUUCUGGCAGGAGGCAAAGACUCAUGUCAGGGAGACUCAGGAGGUCCAAUGGUGAACAAACAGGGCUCCGUCUGGGUCCAGUCUGGAGUGGUUAGUUUUGGCCUUGGUUGUGCUCGGCCCAAUCUGCCAGGAGUUUACUCCAGAGUGUCCCGUUACCAGUCCUGGAUCAACUCCAUCAUCCGCUCUGAUAGGCCCGGAUUCGUCAAGUUCACCUCCAGUGGACUGGAUGCUGACAGCAGCUACACCUGUCCUGGUCUCCCACCUCCUCUUAUUACAACCACCGCUGCUACUGGUCUUGCUACUGAAGGACCAGAAGCUACAACCACCAAAGCAGUGUCUCAAACCACAAUGUGUGGCAUGACUCCCCUGAGCACCAAGAUAGUUGGAGGAGAAGAUGCUCCACCUGGAAGUUGGCCUUGGCAGAUUAGUCUGCAGAUGUUUGGCGGCCAUUUUUGUGGUGGCUCCCUCAUUAACAGAGAGUGGGUGAUGACUGCUGCUCACUGCUUCUCCAGUACGUCGGGCUUGAAAGUGUCUCUCGGCCGUCAGAACCUGCAGGGCACAAACCCAAACGAAGAGUCUAGAAGUGUUGCCACAAUCAUUUUGCAUCCAAACUAUGACAGCGACAGCAGCAACAACGACAUUGCUCUACUCAGACUCUCGUCACCAGUGAAAUUCAGUGACUACAUCAGACCUGUGUGUCUGUCAGCCAGUGACAGUGUGUUCAACAGCGGUACAGAUAGCUGGGUCACUGGCUGGGGCAACGUCAAGGAGGGAGUGUCAUUAUCGUUCCCUGAAACUCUACAAGAAGUGGAGGUUCCAGUUUUGGGCAACAGACAGUGUAACUGUCUCAAUGGAGUCGGUUCAAUCACAGACAACAUGAUUUGUGCUGGUGUUCUGGCAGGAGGCAAAGACUCAUGUCAGGUGAGCCUCUUUUAUUGAUUUGUAACUUGCUCAGUCGUGUCCUCAUUUUGUCCUCAGGGAGACUCAGGAGGUCCAAUGGUGAACAAACAGGGCUCCGUCUGGGUCCAGUCUGGAGUGGUUAGUUUUGGCCUUGGUUGUGCUCGGCCCAAUCUGCCAGGAGUUUACUCCAGAGUGUCCCGUUACCAGUCCUGGAUCAACUCCAUCAUCCGCUCUGAUAGGCCCGGAUUCGUCAAGUUCACCUCCAGUGGACUGGAUGCUGACAGCAGCUACACCUGUCCUGGUCUCCCAUCUCCUCUUAUUACAACCACCGCUGCUACUGGUCUUGCUACUGAAGUGUGUGGCAUGACUCCCCUGAGCACCAAGAUAGUUGGAGGAGAAGAUGCUCCACCUGGAAGUUGGCCUUGGCAGAUUAGUCUGCAGAUGUUUGGCGGCCAUUUUUGUGGUGGCUCCCUCAUUAACAGAGAGUGGGUGAUGACUGCUGCUCACUGCUUCUCCAGUACGUCGGGCUUGAAAGUUUCUCUCGGCCGUCAGAACCUGCAGGGCACCAACCCAAACGAAGAGUCUAGAAGUGUUGCCACAAUCAUUUUGCAUCCAAACUAUGACAGCGACAGCAGCAACAACGACAUUGCUCUACUCAGACUCUCGUCACCAGUGAAAUUCAGUGACUACAUCAGACCUGUGUGUCUGUCAGCCAGUGACAGUGUGUUCAACAGCGGUACAGAUAGCUGGGUCACUGGCUGGGGCAACGUCAAGGAGGGAGUGUCAUUAUCGUUCCCUGAAACUCUACAAGAAGUGGAGGUUCCAGUUUUGGGCAACAGACAGUGUAACUGUCUCAAUGGAGUCGGUUCAAUCACAGACAACAUGAUUUGUGCUGGUGUUCUGGCAGGAGGCAAAGACUCAUGUCAGGUGAGCCUCUUUUAUUGAUUUGUAACUUGCUCAGUCGUGUCCUCAUUUUGUCCUCAGGGAGACUCAGGAGGUCCAAUGGUGAACAAACAGGGCUCCGUCUGGGUCCAGUCUGGAGUGGUUAGUUUUGGUCUUGGUUGUGCUCGGCCCAAUCUGCCAGGAGUUUACUCCAGAGUGUCCCGUUACCAGUCCUGGAUCAACUCCAUCAUCCGCUCUGAUAGGCCCGGAUUCGUCAAGUUCACCUCCAGUGGACUGGAUGCUGACAGCAGCUACACCUGUCCUGGUCUCCCACCUCCUCUUAUUACAACCACCGCUGCUACUGGUCUUGCUACUGAAGGACCAGAAGCUACAACCACCAAAGCAGUGUCUCAAACCACAAGUCCCGACCUGACCAUGUCAAGUGCUAAAUUGUGUGGCAUGACUCCCCUGAGCACCAAGAUAGUUGGAGGAGAAGAUGCUCCACCUGGAAGUUGGCCUUGGCAGAUUAGUCUGCAGAUGUUUGGCGGCCAUUUUUGUGGUGGCUCCCUCAUUAACAGAGAGUGGGUGAUGACUGCUGCUCACUGCUUCUCCAGUACGUCGGGCUUGAAAGUGUCUCUCGGCCGUCAGAACCUGCAGGGCACAAACCCAAACGAAGAGUCUAGAAGUGUUGCCACAAUCAUUUUGCAUCCAAACUAUGACAGCGACAGCAGCAACAACGACAUUGCUCUACUCAGACUCUCGUCACCAGUGAAAUUCAGUGACUACAUCAGACCUGUGUGUCUGUCAGCCAGUGACAGUGUGUUCAACAGCGGUACAGAUAGCUGGGUCACUGGCUGGGGCAACGUCAAGGAGGGAGUGUCAUUAUCGUUCCCUGAAACUCUACAAGAAGUGGAGGUUCCAGUUUUGGGCAACAGACAGUGUAACUGUCUCAAUGGAGUCGGUUCAAUCACAGACAACAUGAUUUGUGCUGGUGUUCUGGCAGGAGGCAAAGACUCAUGUCAGGGAGACUCAGGAGGUCCAAUGGUGAACAAACAGGGCUCCGUCUGGGUCCAGUCUGGAGUGGUUAGUUUUGGUCUUGGUUGUGCUCGGCCCAAUCUGCCAGGAGUUUACUCCAGAGUGUCCCGUUACCAGUCCUGGAUCAACUCCAUCAUCCGCUCUGAUAGGCCCGGAUUCGUCAAGUUCACCUCCAGUGGACUGGAUGCUGACAGCAGCUACACCUGUCCUGGUCUCCCAUCUCCUCUUAUUACAACCACCGCUGCUACUGGUCUUGCUACUGAAGUGUGUGGCAUGACUCCCCUGAGCACCAAGAUAGUUGGAGGAGAAGAUGCUCCACCUGGAAGUUGGCCUUGGCAGAUUAGUCUGCAGAUGUUUGGCGGCCAUUUUUGUGGUGGCUCCCUCAUUAACAGAGAGUGGGUGAUGACUGCUGCUCACUGCUUCUCCAGUACGUCGGGCUUGAAAGUGUCUCUCGGCCGUCAGAACCUGCAGGGCACAAACCCAAACGAAGAGUCUAGAAGUGUUGCCACAAUCAUUUUGCAUCCAAACUAUGACAGCGACAGCAGCAACAACGACAUUGCUCUACUCAGACUCUCUUCACCAGUGAAAUUCAGUGACUACAUCAGACCUGUGUGUCUGUCAGCCAGUGACAGUGUGUUCAACAGCGGUACAGAUAGCUGGGUCACUGGCUGGGGCAACGUCAAGGAGGGAGUGUCAUUAUCGUUCCCUGAAACUCUACAAGAAGUGGAGGUUCCAGUUUUGGGCAACAGACAGUGUAACUGUCUCAAUGGAGUCGGUUCAAUCACAGACAACAUGAUUUGUGCUGGUGUUCUGGCAGGAGGCAAAGACUCAUGUCAGGUGAGCCUCUUUUAUUGAUUUGUAACUUGCUCAGUCGUGUCCUCAUUUUGUCCUCAGGGAGACUCAGGAGGUCCAAUGGUGAACAAACAGGGCUCCGUCUGGGUCCAGUCUGGAGUGGUUAGUUUUGGCCUUGGUUGUGCUCGGCCCAAUCUGCCAGGAGUUUACUCCAGAGUGUCCCGUUACCAGUCCUGGAUCAACUCCAUCAUCCGCUCUGAUAGGCCCGGAUUCGUCAAGUUCACCUCCAGUGGACUGGAUGCUGACAGCAGCUACACCUGUCCUGGUCUCCCAUCUCCUCUUAUUACAACCACCGCUGCUACUGGUCUUGCUACUGAAGUGUGUGGCAUGACUCCCCUGAGCACCAAGAUAGUUGGAGGAGAAGAUGCUCCACCUGGAAGUUGGCCUUGGCAGAUUAGUCUGCAGAUGUUUGGCGGCCAUUUUUGUGGUGGCUCCCUCAUUAACAGAGAGUGGGUGAUGACUGCUGCUCACUGCUUCUCCAGUACGUCGGGCUUGAAAGUUUCUCUCGGCCGUCAGAACCUGCAGGGCACCAACCCAAACGAAGAGUCUAGAAGUGUUGCCACAAUCAUUUUGCAUCCAAACUAUGACAGCGACAGCAGCAACAACGACAUUGCUCUACUCAGACUCUCGUCACCAGUGAAAUUCAGUGACUACAUCAGACCUGUGUGUCUGUCAGCCAGUGACAGUGUGUUCAACAGCGGUACAGAUAGCUGGGUCACUGGCUGGGGCAACGUCAAGGAGGGAGUGUCAUUAUCGUUCCCUGAAACUCUACAAGAAGUGGAGGUUCCAGUUUUGGGCAACAGACAGUGUAACUGUCUCAAUGGAGUCGGUUCAAUCACAGACAACAUGAUUUGUGCUGGUGUUCUGGCAGGAGGCAAAGACUCAUGUCAGGUGAGCCUCUUUUAUUGAUUUGUAACUUGCUCAGUCGUGUCCUCAUUUUGUCCUCAGGGAGACUCAGGAGGUCCAAUGGUGAACAAACAGGGCUCCGUCUGGGUCCAGUCUGGAGUGGUUAGUUUUGGUCUUGGUUGUGCUCGGCCCAAUCUGCCAGGAGUUUACUCCAGAGUGUCCCGUUACCAGUCCUGGAUCAACUCCAUCAUCCGCUCUGAUAGGCCCGGAUUCGUCAAGUUCACCUCCAGUGGACUGGAUGCUGACAGCAGCUACACCUGUCCUGGUCUCCCACCUCCUCUUAUUACAACCACCGCUGCUACUGGUCUUGCUACUGAAGGACCAGAAGCUACAACCACCAAAGCAGUGUCUCAAACCACAAGUCCCGACCUGACCAUGUCAAGUGCUAAAUUGUGUGGCAUGACUCCCCUGAGCACCAAGAUAGUUGGAGGAGAAGAUGCUCCACCUGGAAGUUGGCCUUGGCAGAUUAGUCUGCAGAUGUUUGGCGGCCAUUUUUGUGGUGGCUCCCUCAUUAACAGAGAGUGGGUGAUGACUGCUGCUCACUGCUUCUCCAGCACAAGUACGUCGGGCUUGAAAGUGUCUCUCGGCCGUCAGAACCUGCAGGGCACAAACCCAAACGAAGAGUCUAGAAGUGUUGCCACAAUCAUUUUGCAUCCAAACUAUGACAGCGACAGCAGCAACAACGACAUUGCUCUACUCAGACUCUCGUCACCAGUGAAAAUCAGUGACUACAUCAGACCUGUGUGUCUGUCAGCCAGUGACAGUGUGUUCAACAGCGGUACAGAUAGCUGGGUCACUGGCUGGGGCAACGUCAAGGAGGGAGGUGAGUCUGAUUCUGAAACUCUACAAGAAGUGGAGGUUCCAGUUUUGGGCAACAGACAGUGUAACUGUCUCAAUGGAGUCGGUUCAAUCACAGACAACAUGAUUUGUGCUGGUGUUCUGGCAGGAGGCAAAGACUCAUGUCAGGACUUUGUGAAAUCCUCAGUCGUGUCCUCAUUUUGUCCUCAGGGAGACUCAGGAGGUCCAAUGGUGAACAAACAGGGCUCCGUCUGGGUCCAGUCUGGAGUGGUUAGUUUUGGUCUUGGUUGUGCUCGGCCCAAUCUGCCAGGAGUUUACUCCAGAGUGUCCCGUUACCAGUCCUGGAUCAACUCCAUCAUCCGCUCUGAUAGGCCCGGAUUCGUCAAGUUCACCUCCAGUGGACUGGAUGCUGACAGCAGCUACACCUGUCCUGGUCUCCCAUCUCCUCUUAUUACAACCACCGCUGCUACUGGUCUUGCUACUGAAGGUCCAGAAGCUACAACCACCAAAGCAGUGUCUCAAACCAUGAUGUGUGGCAUGACUCCCCUGAGCACCAAGAUAGUUGGAGGAGAAGAUGCUCCACCUGGAAGUUGGCCUUGGCAGAUUAGUCUGCAGAUGUUUGGCGGCCAUUUUUGUGGUGGCUCCCUCAUUAACAGAGAGUGGGUGAUGACUGCUGCUCACUGCUUCUCCAGCACAAGUACGUCGGGCUUGAAAGUGUCUCUCGGCCGUCAGAACCUGCAGGGCACAAACCCAAACGAAGAGUCUAGAAGUGUUGCCACAAUCAUUUUGCAUCCAAACUAUGACAGCGACAGCAGCAACAACGACAUUGCUCUACUCAGACUCUCGUCACCAGUGAAAUUCAGUGACUACAUCAGACCUGUGUGUCUGUCAGCCAGUGACAGUGUGUUCAACAGCGGUACAGAUAGCUGGGUCACUGGCUGGGGCAACGUCAAGGAGGGAGUGUCAUUAUCGUUCCCUGAAACUCUACAAGAAGUGGAGGUUCCAGUUUUGGGCAACAGACAGUGUAACUGUCUCAAUGGAGUCGGUUCAAUCACAGACAACAUGAUUUGUGCUGGUGUUCUGGCAGGAGGCAAAGACUCAUGUCAGGGAGACUCAGGAGGUCCAAUGGUGAACAAACAGGGCUCCGUCUGGGUCCAGUCUGGAGUGGUUAGUUUUGGUCUUGGUUGUGCUCGGCCCAAUCUGCCAGGAGUUUACUCCAGAGUGUCCCGUUACCAGUCCUGGAUCAACUCCAUCAUCCGCUCUGAUAGGCCCGGAUUCGUCAAGUUCACCUCCAGUGGACUGGAUGCUGACAGCAGCUACACCUGUCCUGGUCUCCCACCUCCUCUUAUUACAACCACCGCUGCUACUGGUCUUGCUACUGAAGGACCAGAAGCUACAACCACCAAAGCAGUGUCUCAAACCACGAGUCCCGACCUGACCAUGUCAAGUGCUAAAUUGUGUGGCAUGACUCCCCUGAGCACCAAGAUAGUUGGAGGAGAAGAUGCUCCACCUGGAAGUUGGCCUUGGCAGAUUAGUCUGCAGAUGUUUGGCGGCCAUUUUUGUGGUGGCUCCCUCAUUAACAGAGAGUGGGUGAUGACUGCUGCUCACUGCUUCUCCAGCACAAGUACGUCGGGCUUGAAAGUGUCUCUCGGCCGUCAGAACCUGCAGGGCACAAACCCAAACGAAGAGUCUAGAAGUGUUGCCACAAUCAUUUUGCAUCCAAACUAUGACAGCGACAGCAGCAACAACGACAUUGCUCUACUCAGACUCUCGUCACCAGUGAAAAUCAGUGACUACAUCAGACCUGUGUGUCUGUCAGCCAGUGACAGUGUGUUCAACAGCGGUACAGAUAGCUGGGUCACUGGCUGGGGCAACGUCAAGGAGGGAGGUGAGUCUGAUUCUGAAACUCUACAAGAAGUGGAGGUUCCAGUUUUGGGCAACAGACAGUGUAACUGUCUCAAUGGAGUCGGUUCAAUCACAGACAACAUGAUUUGUGCUGGUGUUCUGGCAGGAGGCAAAGACUCAUGUCAGGACUUUGUGAAAUCCUCAGUCGUGUCCUCAUUUUGUCCUCAGGGAGACUCAGGAGGUCCAAUGGUGAACAAACAGGGCUCCGUCUGGGUCCAGUCUGGAGUGGUUAGUUUUGGUCUUGGUUGUGCUCGGCCCAAUCUGCCAGGAGUUUACUCCAGAGUGUCCCGUUACCAGUCCUGGAUCAACUCCAUCAUCCGCUCUGAUAGGCCCGGAUUCGUCAAGUUCACCUCCAGUGGACUGGAUGCUGACAGCAGCUACACCUGUCCUGGUCUCCCAUCUCCUCUUAUUACAACCACCGCUGCUACUGGUCUUGCUACUGAAGGUCCAGAAGCUACAACCACCAAAGCAGUGUCUCAAACCAUGAUGUGUGGCAUGACUCCCCUGAGCACCAAGAUAGUUGGAGGAGAAGAUGCUCCACCUGGAAGUUGGCCUUGGCAGAUUAGUCUGCAGAUGUUUGGCGGCCAUUUUUGUGGUGGCUCCCUCAUUAACAGAGAGUGGGUGAUGACUGCUGCUCACUGCUUCUCCAGCACAAGUACGUCGGGCUUGAAAGUGUCUCUCGGCCGUCAGAACCUGCAGGGCACAAACCCAAACGAAGAGUCUAGAAGUGUUGCCACAAUCAUUUUGCAUCCAAACUAUGACAGCGACAGCAGCAACAACGACAUUGCUCUACUCAGACUCUCUUCACCAGUGAAAUUCAGUGUCUACAUCAGACCUGUGUGUCUGUCAGCCAGUGACAGUGUGUUCAACAGCGGUACAGAUAGCUGGGUCACUGGCUGGGGCAACGUCAAGGAGGGAGUGUCAUUAUCGUUCCCUGAAACUCUACAAGAAGUGGAGGUUCCAGUUUUGGGCAACAGACAGUGUAACUGUCUCAAUGGAGUCGGUUCAAUCACAGACAACAUGAUUUGUGCUGGUGUUCUGGCAGGAGGCAAAGACUCAUGUCAGGGAGACUCAGGAGGUCCAAUGGUGAACAAACAGGGCUCCGUCUGGGUCCAGUCUGGAGUGGUUAGUUUUGGCCUUGGUUGUGCUCGGCCCAAUCUGCCAGGAGUUUACUCCAGAGUGUCCCGUUACCAGUCCUGGAUCAACUCCAUCAUCCGCUCUGAUAGGCCCGGAUUCGUCAAGUUCACCUCCAGUGGACUGGAUGCUGACAGCAGCUACACCUGUCCUGGUCUCCCAUCUCCUCUUAUUACAACCACCGCUGCUACUGGUCUUGCUACUGAAGUGUGUGGCAUGACUCCCCUGAGCACCAAGAUAGUUGGAGGAGAAGAUGCUCCACCUGGAAGUUGGCCUUGGCAGAUUAGUCUGCAGAUGUUUGGCGGCCAUUUUUGUGGUGGCUCCCUCAUUAACAGAGAGUGGGUGAUGACUGCUGCUCACUGCUUCUCCAGUACGUCGGGCUUGAAAGUUUCUCUCGGCCGUCAGAACCUGCAGGGCACCAACCCAAACGAAGAGUCUAGAAGUGUUGCCACAAUCAUUUUGCAUCCAAACUAUGACAGCGACAGCAGCAACAACGACAUUGCUCUACUCAGACUCUCGUCACCAGUGAAAUUCAGUGACUACAUCAGACCUGUGUGUCUGUCAGCCAGUGACAGUGUGUUCAACAGCGGUACAGAUAGCUGGGUCACUGGCUGGGGCAACGUCAAGGAGGGAGUGUCAUUAUCGUUCCCUGAAACUCUACAAGAAGUGGAGGUUCCAGUUUUGGGCAACAGACAGUGUAACUGUCUCAAUGGAGUCGGUUCAAUCACAGACAACAUGAUUUGUGCUGGUGUUCUGGCAGGAGGCAAAGACUCAUGUCAGGUGAGCCUCUUUUAUUGAUUUGUAACUUGCUCAGUCGUGUCCUCAUUUUGUCCUCAGGGAGACUCAGGAGGUCCAAUGGUGAACAAACAGGGCUCCGUCUGGGUCCAGUCUGGAGUGGUUAGUUUUGGCCUUGGUUGUGCUCGGCCCAAUCUGCCAGGAGUUUACUCCAGAGUGUCCCGUUACCAGUCCUGGAUCAACUCCAUCAUCCGCUCUGAUAGGCCCGGAUUCGUCAAGUUCACCUCCAGUGGACUGGAUGCUGACAGCAGCUACACCUGUCCUGGUCUCCCACCUCCUCUUAUUACAACCACCGCUGCUACUGGUCUUGCUACUGAAGGUCCAGAAGCUACAACCACCAAAGCAGUGUCUCAAACCAUGAGUCCCGACCUGACCAUGUCAAGUGCUAAAUUGUGUGGCAUGACUCCCCUGAGCACCAAGAUAGUUGGAGGAGAAGAUGCUCCACCUGGAAGUUGGCCUUGGCAGAUUAGUCUGCAGAUGUUUGGCGGCCAUUUUUGUGGUGGCUCCCUCAUUAACAGAGAGUGGGUGAUGACUGCUGCUCACUGCUUCUCCAGUACGUCAGGCUUGAAAGUUUCUCUCGGCCGUCACAACCUGCAGGGCACAAACCCAAACGAAGAGUCUAGAAGUGUUGCCACAAUCAUUUUGCAUCCAAACUAUGACAGCGACAGCAGCAACAACGACAUUGCUCUACUCAGACUCUCGUCACCAGUGAAAUUCAGUGACUACAUCAGACCUGUGUGUCUGUCAGCCAGUGACAGUGUGUUCAACAGCGGUACAGAUAGCUGGGUCACUGGCUGGGGCAACGUCAAGGAGGGAGUGUCAUUAUCGUUCCCUGAAACUCUACAAGAAGUGGAGGUUCCAGUUUUGGGCAACAGACAGUGUAACUGUCUCAAUGGAGUCGGUUCAAUCACAGACAACAUGAUUUGUGCUGGUGUUCUGGCAGGAGGCAAAGACUCAUGUCAGGUGAGCCUCUUUUAUUGAUUUGUCACUUGUCGGUCAGUGGUUGAGGAUUUUGUGAAAUCCUCAGUCAUGUCCUCAUUUUGUCCUCAGGGAGACUCAGGAGGUCCAAUGGUGAACAAACAGGGCUCCGUCUGGGUCCAGUCUGGAGUGGUUAGUUUUGGUCUUGGUUGUGCUCGGCCCAAUCUGCCAGGAGUUUACUCCAGAGUGUCCCGUUACCAGUCCUGGAUCAACUCCAUCAUCCGCUCUGAUAGGCCCGGAUUCGUCAAGUUCACCUCCAGUGGACUGGAUGCUGACAGCAGCUACACCUGUCCUGGUCUCCCACCUCCUCUUAUUACAACCACCGCUGCUACUGGUCUUGCUACUGAAGGACCAGAAGCUACAACCACCAAAGCAGUGUCUCAAACCACAAGUCCCGACCUGACCAUGUCAAGUGCUAAAUUGUGUGGCAUGACUCCCCUGAGCACCAAGAUAGUUGGAGGAGAAGAUGCUCCACCUGGAAGUUGGCCUUGGCAGAUUAGUCUGCAGAUGUUUGGCGGCCAUUUUUGUGGUGGCUCCCUCAUUAACAGAGAGUGGGUGAUGACUGCUGCUCACUGCUUCUCCAGCACAAGUACGUCGGGCUUGAAAGUGUCUCUCGGCCGUCAGAACCUGCAGGGCACAAACCCAAACGAAGAGUCUAGAAGUGUUGCCACAAUCAUUUUGCAUCCAAACUAUGACAGCGACAGCAGCAACAACGACAUUGCUCUACUCAGACUCUCGUCACCAGUGAAAUUCAGUGACUACAUCAGACCUGUGUGUCUGUCAGCCAGUGACAGUGUGUUCAACAGCGGUACAGAUAGCUGGGUCACUGGCUGGGGCAACGUCAAGGAGGGAGGUGAGUCUGAUUCUGAAACUCUACAAGAAGUGGAGGUUCCAGUUUUGGGCAACAGACAGUGUAACUGUCUCAAUGGAGUCGGUUCAAUCACAGACAACAUGAUUUGUGCUGGUGUUCUGGCAGGAGGCAAAGACUCAUGUCAGGACUUUGUGAAAUCCUCAGUCGUGUCCUCAUUUUGUCCUCAGGGAGACUCAGGAGGUCCAAUGGUGAACAAACAGGGCUCCGUCUGGGUCCAGUCUGGAGUGGUUAGUUUUGGUCUUGGUUGUGCUCGGCCCAAUCUGCCAGGAGUUUACUCCAGAGUGUCCCGUUACCAGUCCUGGAUCAACUCCAUCAUCCGCUCUGAUAGGCCCGGAUUCGUCAAGUUCACCUCCAGUGGACUGGAUGCUGACAGCAGCUACACCUGUCCUGGUCUCCCAUCUCCUCUUAUUACAACCACCGCUGCUACUGGUCUUGCUACUGAAGGUCCAGAAGCUACAACCACCAAAGCAGUGUCUCAAACCAUGAUGUGUGGCAUGACUCCCCUGAGCACCAAGAUAGUUGGAGGAGAAGAUGCUCCACCUGGAAGUUGGCCUUGGCAGAUUAGUCUGCAGAUGUUUGGCGGCCAUUUUUGUGGUGGCUCCCUCAUUAACAGAGAGUGGGUGAUGACUGCUGCUCACUGCUUCUCCAGCACAAGUACGUCGGGCUUGAAAGUGUCUCUCGGCCGUCAGAACCUGCAGGGCACAAACCCAAACGAAGAGUCUAGAAGUGUUGCCACAAUCAUUUUGCAUCCAAACUAUGACAGCGACAGCAGCAACAACGACAUUGCUCUACUCAGACUCUCGUCACCAGUGAAAUUCAGUGACUACAUCAGACCUGUGUGUCUGUCAGCCAGUGACAGUGUGUUCAACAGCGGUACAGAUAGCUGGGUCACUGGCUGGGGCAACGUCAAGGAGGGAGUGUCAUUAUCGUUCCCUGAAACUCUACAAGAAGUGGAGGUUCCAGUUUUGGGCAACAGACAGUGUAACUGUCUCAAUGGAGUCGGUUCAAUCACAGACAACAUGAUUUGUGCUGGUGUUCUGGCAGGAGGCAAAGACUCAUGUCAGGGAGACUCAGGAGGUCCAAUGGUGAACAAACAGGGCUCCGUCUGGGUCCAGUCUGGAGUGGUUAGUUUUGGUCUUGGUUGUGCUCGGCCCAAUCUGCCAGGAGUUUACUCCAGAGUGUCCCGUUACCAGUCCUGGAUCAACUCCAUCAUCCGCUCUGAUAGGCCCGGAUUCGUCAAGUUCACCUCCAGUGGACUGGAUGCUGACAGCAGCUACACCUGUCCUGGUCUCCCACCUCCUCUUAUUACAACCACCGCUGCUACUGGUCUUGCUACUGAAGGACCAGAAGCUACAACCACCAAAGCAGUGUCUCAAACCACAAGUCCCGACCUGACCAUGUCAAGUGCUAAAUUGUGUGGCAUGACUCCCCUGAGCACCAAGAUAGUUGGAGGAGAAGAUGCUCCACCUGGAAGUUGGCCUUGGCAGAUUAGUCUGCAGAUGUUUGGCGGCCAUUUUUGUGGUGGCUCCCUCAUUAACAGAGAGUGGGUGAUGACUGCUGCUCACUGCUUCUCCAGCACAAGUACGUCGGGCUUGAAAGUGUCUCUCGGCCGUCAGAACCUGCAGGGCACAAACCCAAACGAAGAGUCUAGAAGUGUUGCCACAAUCAUUUUGCAUCCAAACUAUGACAGCGACAGCAGCAACAACGACAUUGCUCUACUCAGACUCUCGUCACCAGUGAAAUUCAGUGACUACAUCAGACCUGUGUGUCUGUCAGCCAGUGACAGUGUGUUCAACAGCGGUACAGAUAGCUGGGUCACUGGCUGGGGCAACGUCAAGGAGGGAGGUGAGUCUGAUUCUGAAACUCUACAAGAAGUGGAGGUUCCAGUUUUGGGCAACAGACAGUGUAACUGUCUCAAUGGAGUCGGUUCAAUCACAGACAACAUGAUUUGUGCUGGUGUUCUGGCAGGAGGCAAAGACUCAUGUCAGGACUUUGUGAAAUCGUCAGUCGUGUCCUCAUUUUGUCCUCAGGGAGACUCAGGAGGUCCAAUGGUGAACAAACAGGGCUCCGUCUGGGUCCAGUCUGGAGUGGUUAGUUUUGGCCUUGGUUGUGCUCGGCCCAAUCUGCCAGGAGUUUACUCCAGAGUGUCCCGUUACCAGUCCUGGAUCAACUCCAUCAUCCGCUCUGAUAGGCCCGGAUUCGUCAAGUUCACCUCCAGUGGACUGGAUGCUGACAGCAGCUACACCUGUCCUGGUCUCCCAUCUCCUCUUAUUACAACCACCGCUGCUACUGGUCUUGCUACUGAAGGUCCAGAAGCUACAACCACCAAAGCAGUGUCUCAAACCACGAUGUGUGGCAUGACUCCCCUGAGCACCAAGAUAGUUGGAGGAGAAGAUGCUCCACCUGGAAGUUGGCCUUGGCAGAUUAGUCUGCAGAUGUUUGGCGGCCAUUUUUGUGGUGGCUCCCUCAUUAACAGAGAGUGGGUGAUGACUGCUGCUCACUGCUUCUCCAGCACAAGUACGUCGGGCUUGAAAGUGUCUGUCGGCCGUCAGAACCUGCAGGGCACAAACCCAAACGAAGAGUCUAGAAGUGUUGCCACAAUCAUUUUGCAUCCAAACUAUGACAGCGACAGCAGCAACAACGACAUUGCUCUACUCAGACUCUCGUCACCAGUGAAAUUCAGUGACUACAUCAGACCUGUGUGUCUGUCAGCCAGUGACAGUGUGUUCAACAGCGGUACAGAUAGCUGGGUCACUGGCUGGGGCAACGUCAAGGAGGGAGUGUCAUUAUCGUUCCCUGAAACUCUACAAGAAGUGGAGGUUCCAGUUUUGGGCAACAGACAGUGUAACUGUCUCAAUGGAGUCGGUUCAAUCACAGACAACAUGAUUUGUGCUGGUGUUCUGGCAGGAGGCAAAGACUCAUGUCAGGGAGACUCAGGAGGUCCAAUGGUGAACAAACAGGGCUCCGUCUGGGUCCAGUCUGGAGUUGUUAGUUUUGGCCUUGGUUGUGCUCGGCCCAAUCUGCCAGGAGUUUACGCCAGAGUGUCCCGUUACCAGUCCUGGAUCAACUCCAUCAUCCGCUCUGAUAGGCCCGGAUUCGUCAAGUUCACCUCCAGUGGACUGGAUGCUGACAGCAGCUACACCUGUCCUGGUCUCCCACCUCCUCUUAUUACAACCACCGCUGCUACUGGUCUUGCUACUGAAGGACCAGAAGCUACAACCACCAAAGCAGUGUCUCAAACCACAAUGUGUGGCAUGACUCCCCUGAGCACCAAGAUAGUUGGAGGAGAAGAUGCUCCACCUGGAAGUUGGCCUUGGCAGAUUAGUCUGCAGAUGUUUGGCGGCCAUUUUUGUGGUGGCUCCCUCAUUAACAGAGAGUGGGUGAUGACUGCUGCUCACUGCUUCUCCAGUACGUCGGGCUUGAAAGUGUCUCUCGGCCGUCAGAACCUGCAGGGCACAAACCCAAACGAAGAGUCUAGAAGUGUUGCCACAAUCAUUUUGCAUCCAAACUAUGACAGCGACAGCAGCAACAACGACAUUGCUCUACUCAGACUCUCGUCACCAGUGAAAUUCAGUGACUACAUCAGACCUGUGUGUCUGUCAGCCAGUGACAGUGUGUUCAACAGCGGUACAGAUAGCUGGGUCACUGGCUGGGGCAACGUCAAGGAGGGAGUGUCAUUAUCGUUCCCUGAAACUCUACAAGAAGUGGAGGUUCCAGUUUUGGGCAACAGACAGUGUAACUGUCUCAAUGGAGUCGGUUCAAUCACAGACAACAUGAUUUGUGCUGGUGUUCUGGCAGGAGGCAAAGACUCAUGUCAGGUGAGCCUCUUUUAUUGAUUUGUCACUUGCUCAGUCGUGUCCUCAUUUUGUCCUCAGGGAGACUCAGGAGGUCCAAUGGUGAACAAACAGGGCUCCGUCUGGGUCCAGUCUGGAGUGGUUAGUUUUGGUCUUGGUUGUGCUCGGCCCAAUCUGCCAGGAGUUUACUCCAGAGUGUCCCGUUACCAGUCCUGGAUCAACUCCAUCAUCCGCUCUGAUAGGCCCGGAUUCGUCAAGUUCACCUCCAGUGGACUGGAUGCUGACAGCAGCUACACCUGUCCUGGUCUCCCACCUCCUCUUAUUACAACCACCGCUGCUACUGUGUGUGGCAUGACUCCCCUGAGCACCAAGAUAGUUGGAGGAGAAGAUGCUCCACCUGGAAGUUGGCCUUGGCAGAUUAGUCUGCAGAUGUUUGGCGGCCAUUUUUGUGGUGGCUCCCUCAUUAACAGAGAGUGGGUGAUGACUGCUGCUCACUGCUUCUCCAGUACGUUGGGCUUGAAAGUUUCUCUCGGCCGUCAGAACCUGCAGGGCACAAACCCAAACGAAGAGUCUAGAAGUGUUGCCACAAUCAUUUUGCAUCCAAACUAUGACAGCGACAGCAGCAACAACGACAUUGCUCUACUCAGACUCUCGUCACCAGUGAAAUUCAGUGACUACAUCAGACCUGUGUGUCUGUCAGCCAGUGACAGUGUGUUCAACAGCGGUACAGAUAGCUGGGUCACUGGCUGGGGCAACGUCAAGGAGGGAGUGUCAUUAUCUUUCCCUGAAACUCUACAAGAAGUGGAGGUUCCAGUUUUGGGCAACAGACAGUGUAACUGUCUCAAUGGAGUCGGUUCAAUCACAGACAACAUGAUUUGUGCUGGUGUUCUGGCAGGAGGCAAAGACUCAUGUCAGGUGAGCCUCUUUUAUUGAUUUGUAACUUGCUCAGUCGUGUCCUCAUUUUGUCCUCAGGGAGACUCAGGAGGUCCAAUGGUGAACAAACAGGGCUCCGUCUGGGUCCAGUCUGGAGUGGUUAGUUUUGGUCUUGGUUGUGCUCGGCCCAAUCUGCCAGGAGUUUACUCCAGAGUGUCCCGUUACCAGUCCUGGAUCAACUCCAUCAUCCGCUCUGAUAGGCCCGGAUUCGUCAAGUUCACCUCCAGUGGACUGGAUGCUGACAGCAGCUACACCUGUCCUGGUCUCCCACCUCCUUUUAUUACAACCACGGCUGCUACUGGUCUUGCUACUGAAGGUCCAGAAGCUACAACCACCAAAGCAGUGUCUCAAACCACGAGUCCCGACCUGACCAUGUCAAGUGCUAAAUUGUGUGGCAUGACUCCCCUGAGCACCAAGAUAGUUGGAGGAGAAGAUGCUCCACCUGGAAGUUGGCCUUGGCAGAUUAGUCUGCAGAUGUUUGGCGGCCAUUUUUGUGGUGGCUCCCUCAUUAACAGAGAGUGGGUGAUGACUGCUGCUCACUGCUUCUCCAGUACAUCGGGCUUGAAAGUUUCUCUCGGCCGUCAGAACCUGCAGGGCACAAACCCAAACGAAGAGUCUAGAAGUGUUGCCACAAUCAUUUUGCAUCCAAACUAUGACAGCGACAGCAGCAACAACGACAUUGCUCUACUCAGACUCUCGUCACCAGUGAAAUUCAGUGACUACAUCAGACCUGUGUGUCUGUCAGCCAGUGACAGUGUGUUCAACAGCGGUACAGAUAGCUGGGUCACUGGCUGGGGCAACGUCAAGGAGGGAGUGUCAUUAUCGUUCCCUGAAACUCUACAAGAAGUGGAGGUUCCAGUUUUGGGCAACAGACAGUGUAACUGUCUCAAUGGAGUCGGUACAAUCACAGACAACAUGAUUUGUGCUGGUGUUCUGGCAGGAGGCAAAGACUCAUGUCAGGGAGACUCAGGAGGUCCAAUGGUGAACAAACAGGGCUCCGUCUGGGUCCAGUCUGGAGUGGUUAGUUUUGGUCUUGGUUGUGCUCGGCCCAAUCUGCCAGGAGUUUACUCCAGAGUGUCCCGUUACCAGUCCUGGAUCAACUCCAUCAUCCGCUCUGAUAGGCCCGGAUUCGUCAAGUUCACCUCCAGUGGACAGGAUGCUGACAGCAGCUACACCUGUCCUGGUCUCCCACCUCCUCUUAUUACAACCACCGCUGCUACUGGUCUUGCUACUGAAGGACCAGAAGCUACAACCACCAAAGCAGUGUCUCAAACCACGAUCUGUGGCAUGACUCCCCUGAGCACCAAGAUAGUUGGAGGAGAAGAUGCUCCACCUGGAAGUUGGCCUUGGCAGAUUAGUCUGCAGAUGUUUGGCGGCCAUUUUUGUGGUGGCUCCCUCAUUAACAGAGAGUGGGUGAUGACUGCUGCUCACUGCUUCUCCAGUACGUCGGGCUUGAAAGUUUCUCUCGGCCGUCAGAACCUGCAGGGCACAAACCCAAACGAAGAGUCUAGAAGUGUUGCCACAAUCAUUUUGCAUCCAAACUAUGACAGCGACAGCAGCAACAACGACAUUGCUCUACUCAGACUCUCGUCACCAGUGAAAUUCAGUGACUACAUCAGACCUGUGUGUCUGUCAGCCAGUGACAGUGUGUUCAACAGCGGUACAGAUAGCUGGGUCACUGGCUGGGGCAACGUCAAGGAGGGAGUGUCAUUAUCGUUCCCUGGAACUCUACAAGAAGUGGAGGUUCCAGUUUUGGGCAACAGACAGUGUAACUGUCUCAAUGGAGUCGGUUCAAUCACAGACAACAUGAUUUGUGCUGGUGUUCUGGCAGGAGGCAAAGACUCAUGUCAGGGAGACUCAGGAGGUCCAAUGGUGAACAAACAGGGCUCCGUCUGGGUCCAGUCUGGAGUGGUUAGUUUUGGUCUUGGUUGUGCUCGGCCCAAUCUGCCAGGAGUUUACUCCAGAGUGUCCCGUUACCAGUCCUGGAUCAACUCCAUCAUCCGCUCUGAUAGUCCCGGAUUCGUCAAGUUCACCUCCAGUGGACUGGAUGCUGACAGCAGCUACACCUGUCCUGGUCUCCCAUCUCCUCUUAUUACAACCACUGCUGCUACUGUGUGUGGAAUCACUCCCCUGAACACCAAGAUAGUUGGAGGAGAAGAUGCUCCACCUGGAAGUUGGCCUUGGCAGAUUAGUCUGCAGAUGUUUGGCGGCCAUUUUUGUGGUGGCUCCCUCAUUAACAGAGAGUGGGUGAUGACUGCUGCUCACUGCUUCUCCAGUACGUCUGGAUUGCAAGUUUCUCUCGGCCGUCAGAACCUGCAGGGCACAAACCCAAACGAAGAGUCUAGAAGUGUUGCCACAAUCAUUUUGCAUCCAAACUAUAACAGCGAUAGCAGCAACAACGACAUUGCUCUACUCAGACUCUCGUCACCAGUGAAAUUCAGUGACUACAUCAGACCUGUGUGUCUGUCAGCCAGUGACAGUGUGUUCAACAGCGGUACAGAUAGCUGGGUCACUGGCUGGGGCAACGUCAAGGAGGGAGUGUCAUUAUCGUUCCCUGGAACUCUACAAGAAGUGGAGGUUCCAGUUUUGGGCAACAGACAGUGUAACUGUCUCAAUGGAAUCGGUACAAUCACAGACAACAUGAUUUGUGCUGGUGUUCUGGCAGGAGGCAAAGACUCAUGUCAGGGAGACUCAGGAGGUCCAAUGGUGAACAAACAGGGCUCCGUCUGGGUCCAGUCUGGAGUGGUUAGUUUUGGUCUUGGUUGUGCUCGGCCCAAUCUGCCAGGAGUUUACUCCAGAGUGUCCCGUUACCAGUCCUGGAUCAACUCCAUCAUCCGCUCUGAUAGGCCCGGAUUCGUCAAGUUCACCUCCAGUGGACCGGAUGCUGACAGCAGCUACAUCUGUCCUGGUCUCCCAUCUCCUCUUAUUACAACCACUGCUGCUACUGGUCCUGCUACUGAAGGACCAGAAGCUACAACCACCCAAGCAGUGUCUCAAACCACAAGUCCCGAUUUGACCAUGUCAAGUGCUUCCACAACAUCUGCAUCUACAACAAAGCCAAGUACCUUAGUGACUCCUACAAGACCAGUGUGUGGCAAAGCUACCUUAAACAGUCGUGCUGUAGGCGACAGCAGUGUUGUUCUUGGAGGAAUGUGGCCCUGGAUGGUGAGCCUCCACAAAAACGGGGUCUUUACAUGUGGAGGAACCCUCAUCGCUGAUAUGUUUGUCCUCACCUCCGGCCAGUGCUUCUCCACCUCCAGUCCAAAUGUUCUCGAGUGGAGAGUGUUUCUUGGCCAGCGACUUGUGGGCAGUUCUGAAGAGUUUGAAAUGUCUGUGGGUGUUGUGAAGAUUAUCCUGAGUAAAUUGACAGGCUUUAACAUUGCUGUACUGCAGCUGGAGAAACCAGUCAGCUACACAGAUUAUAUCCAGCCUGUGUGUCUGGAUAGCAACAAUGACAGAUCCUUCCCCGUUGGUAGUCAAUGCUGGCUGCCAGGCUGGGGGAUGGGCAGUAAGAAUGGAGUUGCUGACAAAGCUGGCUCAAGUCUGCGAGACCUUGAAACUCAAGUGGUAAACUGUGGGAGCGUUUCUGAUUCGGACAGCAUUUGCACUUUUGCCGUAAACCUUCAAGAGGGGGAUCAGGGCAGCCCUCUGCUCUGUAAAUCAGACUCCUCUUGGUUCCAGGCAGCCGUUGUCACAAUGAAUGGGAAUAAAUCCGUGCGGGCAGAUAUUCAGUCAUUUGCCAAAACCUCAAAAUUCGGGUCAUUCUUAAAGGAGACGGUUGGUGAUUUGCCAUCUCCUGCAGUGUCUACAACAGCAAAUGCAGCAGAAAAAGCAUUUUCCUUGUUCUUUAGCUUUGCUGUCGUUAUUACCUCCAUGUUCCUGUUGUAAUGAUGUUGUAUUUGUUGAAGCUGCGUGUAAUAGUCCAAUACUAUGAACGCACUUACAAUACUCAGGUCGAACAAAAGAGAAUACACCAUGAGGCAU